AUGGCCAGCUCGUCUCUCCCGAUGCUCGCGCGCGCCUUCGGCUCGGCCGCCGCGCCCGUCAUCCUCCACGGCUUCCCGACGAGCAGCACGUCCUUCCUCGCGAGGUUCGCACUCAACGCCAAGGGCGUCAAGUACGAGCAGAAGGACCUCCCGCUCGUCAAGCGCCCGGACGGCCGCCCCGACGCUGAGGGCCAGAAGCCGCACCUUGACGUGGGCGACACGCGCGUGGAGAAGCCCGGCGCGAUCUUCAACUUCGUGAACGAGAACUUCGACGGCCCGCCGCUGCUCCCCGCGGACACCAAGGGCCGCGCGCACUCCCGCGCGAUCGCCACGCUGUGCGCCACCGACGUCGCGCCGUACGGGUACUACCGCGUGACGCGCCUGCUCACGGACAAGCUCGGCGUGAACGCGGAGGGCGUCGAGGCCUGGCACCGCUACUGGCUCGAGAACGGCUUCAAGGAGAUCGAGGGCCUCCUGGCCGCGGGCAAGUUCUGCCACGGCGACAACGUCACCAUGGCCGACAUCUUCGUCAUGCCGCAGGUGCACUGGUCGCAGAUGAAGAGCGGCGUCCUCAAGGGCGGGUUCGACCUCUCGCCCUUCCCGCAGCUCCAGAAGGCCUACCAGCAGUGCCUCGCCACCGAGGCCUUCCAGAAGGCUCUGCCGGAGAACCAGCCGGGGUACGCGGCGUCGCUCUGA